UAAGUUUCAGCACAGUUUGUGAAUCAGUGCUAUUUUAAAGCUACUUUAAUUUUUUGACUUGGACAAUCAGCCUCAUCAUUCUGAUUUUUAUUCGCACAAAAUACAAAAUGGCACUUUGGAAAUGUAUCGCUUUAUUUAGUCUAUUUCUUUUUUUCUCGCAAAUUUGUUCAAUGCCAACAAAGUGCAUCAUGCGGCGGACACUUGUGAAAACAACUCACAAUCUACUUGAGAAUAUGGGGGGUCUUUUUCCUCGUGAAUGCUUGAAAGAAAACGUUGAAAUACCCUUCCCGAAAUCUGCACUGCAACCAAAUGGCUCCAAUCAGAAAAUCGGUGUAGAAAAGGCAAUGUAUAAAAUCAUGGAGCACAUUGACUUCCUGUUUGCUAACGAGAGUUAUCCAGAGUCCUGGAACCAGGAGAAAGUGGAGCAUUUCCAGAACAUAGUUUACCGUUUAAUUUCCGAUAACAAAUGUAUUAUGGGGAGAACACACAGACCCGUGGAUGAUUUUCCAGCAAGAGAGGGUGCUCUGAAAACCUACUUUGAUAAACUGGCCACUCUGCUCAGAAGCACGGAGCAGAGUGUCUGCGCGUGGGAGGUGGUUAGAAAGGAGCUCCUGCGUGUUCUCAACGUCAUCCUCCAGCUUAAAUCAUUCAAAGUGUAGUUUUCCGUGGACUGACUGACUAUUUAUUUAUUUAUUUAUUUAUUUAUUUAUUUAUGUAUUUAUUUAUGUAUUUAU